AUGUUGGCGGAAAUGCGUGAGGAGUUCAACAAGUCCCAUCAUGAGUUGGAAUCACUGGAUGAAGAUGAUAUUGGAAGUGAGCUGCGUGAAACCUUCAUUUCUUUGAAAGCCGAGCUGCUGUCUGCUCUCAAAUUAGGUCACUUACGCGUAGCUGCUCAUUCCACUAGCCUACCAAACAACUCUGCAGGUCAUACCAUCAAUUUGGCUCACAAGCAGCGGCUUCCUGAGCUGAAGCUACCUAGCUCCUCCGGUGGCUAUGUGGAAUAUGCGGAUUUUAUUGCCAUGUUCAAUUCGGUCAUCGAAGGGGAUGCAGAUCCCAGUGAAAUCGAGAAGCUCCAACAUCUUCGGUCAUGUCUCUCGGAUGCGGCCCGGGAUUCGGUUCGAUCGUUGGAGCUCUCCAGUGCCAAUUAUCGUGUGGCUCUGGACAUACUUAGCAAACGUUUUAAUAAUAAACGACUUGUUUUCCAGGCACACAUGAAGGAGAUUCUUGGGCUCAAGAAGGUUGAUUCGUCUUCUGCUAAAAGGCUUCGGGAGUUCUCGGACGCAGUCAUACGCGAGCCGCUUGCCGUGCAGCAUCUUCACAAAUUUAUCUUAAUUUCUGUGUCCCAAGGAAGUUAA